AUGCCUGCCAGGUCUCAGCAGAACCAUAAAACGAAGAAUGCCCGCCACGCGCGUACGACUUCCUGGUCGAGUGGCUAUCACCAUCUAACCACCACCUCCGGCCCCGGCGAACCGUCCGAUACCUCGCUGCCCAAAUCGCCCCGACGCCGCCGCGAGUCCAACCUCUCCCUCACCAGCGUCGAAGAGGGCCCCUCCGCCCCGGACUCCCCUCACGACCACCUCCACGACGGCUCCGAUGCCCCCGACAUGCUCCGGAACACCUCGAUGGAUCUCGGUGGUCGCAAAAGCCAGCAUGUGCGCAGUCGCUCCCUGUCCCAGGGCACCCCCCACGUCCUGGCCCUGCACGAGUCCGAACUGAACGCCGGCAGCGUCCAGCCCGUCCCCCUCACACCGCGCCCAACAGGCGUGACAUGGAUGUCCUUGCCGCGGAAGGGUCAAUUGGCCCUAUUAGGCCUGUGCCGCGUCUUCGACUUCCUCCAGAUUGCCUCGCUGCAGGCCUACAUGUUCUACCAGCUCAAGUCGUUUGACGAGAACCUGUCCGACUCGGACGUUGCGACUCAGGCUGGUAUCCUCCAGGGCGCCUUCACCGCGGCCCAGUUCGCGACGGCGAUUCCCUGGGGCCGAGUCGCGGACGCGGAGUGGGGUGGGCGUCGGUUUGUGCUGCUGGUCGGCUUGAUGGGGACUGCGGUGUCAUGUUUGGGGGUUGCGUUUGCAACCUCGUUCGCGCAGGCUGUGUUCUGGCGCUCGUUUGGCGGUGCCAUUAAUGGUACCGUUGGCAUUAUCCGCACGAUGAUUGCGGAGAAUGUCAAGGAGAAGAAGUAUCACUCGCGCGCGUUCUUGAUUCUGCCCAUAGGCUUUAAUAUCGCGUCGUUGUUCGGUCCUGUUAUGGGUGGCAUGUUGGCGGAUCCGGUCAAAAGCUACCCCCGCCUGUUUGGACCGAAUUCGUCGUUUGGCGGCGAGAACGGUGUGCACUGGUUGGAGAAGUAUCCCUAUGCUCUGCCCAUGCUGGCCAACUUCUUCUUCCUGUCUUCCUGCGCAGCCCUGGUUGGCUACGGUCUGGAAGAGACCCUGCUUUCUUGCAAGGGUAAGCCUGGUCUGGGAUCUUUCGCCAUGAAGCUCUUCGCUCGCAGCGUGAGACGUGUGUUUGGAUCCUCUUCACCCAUCUACUCGCGACUUCCGUUCCGUGACUACGACGAGGACGGUCCCCUUCUAGGCCGACACCUGGAUCGCUCCGAGAGCUACGAGCUCGAGGAGAAGGCCUCUAAGCCUAACCGCGUCAAGCGGGUGCUGCCUUUCCGGAGGAUCUGGACGAAGAACGUCCUGUGCACUCUUGGCGCACAGGCGUUCUUCGACUUUCAAAUGGGCGCUUUCAACAACCUGUGGCUCCUCUUCCUGUCCACUCCUCGCUACGACCCCAACGACCCGGCCAGCCCCGCUCGGAGCCUACCAUUCAUCUUUACCGGCGGCCUGGGCAUGCUCCCGCAGAGUGUCGGCUUCGCAACCGCCAUCCUGGGCAUGAUCGGGAUGUUGCUCCAGUUCACCAUCUAUCCCUCCAUCAACGGCCGUCUAGGCACGGCCAAGAGCUAUCAAUACUUCCUCUCCUUCUUCCCGCUCGCCUACGCCCUGGCCCCCUACAUCGCCCUCGCACCAUCCACAAUCCCACCCCCAGGCCAGGCCAACGGGCCGUGGGUCUGGUUCUGGAUCAUCAUUGUGCUCUUCCUGCAGGUGACCGCCCGCACCUUCACCCUCCCGACCUCCAUCAUCCUGCUCAACAACUGCUCCCCCCACCCCUCGGUCCUGGGUACCAUCCACGGCAUUGGCCAGUCGGUGUCGUCCGCCUUCCGCACCAUCGGCCCCAUCUUCUCCGGCGCCUGGUACGGCUACGGUCUGGAUAUCGGCAUGGUUGGAUUUGCUUGGUGGCUCAUCGCCCUUGUCUCGGUGUUUGGCUGUGUCGCAGCCAUUUUCGUGUAUGAGGGCUCCGGCCACGAGAUCCUGCUCCCAGGGGAGGAGGAUGAAUUUGACCAUGGCCACUAG